AUGAAGAUUCUCAGCAAGGAGGAAGAGGCCGCGCACUACAAGGUCGUCGUCAAGAGCGGCCUCGUCGGCGGCACGGCCGGUCUGGCCAUUGGCCUCGGCGGCGUCGUCCUCGCCUCCCGACGCUACCACGCCUUCCGCAGCCUGACCCUCCCUUUCCGCUCCUUCCUCGUCACCUCCUCGGCCACGUUCUGCGCCAUCGUCAACGCCGACCGGGAGUCGACGCGCUUCCAGCGCUCGCAGGACCCCAUGUUCGGCUACCAGGACCGGAGCCAGCGCGCCGCGCAGAUCGCGCGCGACAACGAGACGACCUACCAGCGCUUCAUGGCCUGGGGCAAGGAGAACCGGUACAGCAUCGUCUUCACGAGCUGGCUGGCGUCGAUGGCGCUGGCGAUGGCCAUUGUCGGCCGCGCGCCGAUUAGCACCGCCCAGAAGCUGGUGCAGGCGCGUGUGUACGCGCAGGGUCUGACGCUGGCGGUGCUGAUCGUGUCGGCGGCGUUCGAGGUCAACGACGCCAAGGAGGGGCGCGGUCGCUGGGAGACGGUGAUGGUGCUGGACCCGAACGACCCGGAGCACAAGCACCUCAUCGAGAAGCGCGUCCACAAGGAGGAGUACGAAGGCCAGGACCUCUGGAUGGACAUGGUCGAGGCUGAGGAGAAGCGCAUCGCAGAGCGCAAGGCGAACAAGGCGGCCGGGAAGGACGCCGAGCCUUCCGAGCAGACUCCGGAAAAGUCUGACAAGACUGAGCAGCCUGAAAAGGCUGACGCUAAAGCUUAA